CACGAUUAACUGUCAAAUCAAUCAGUUGAUCAGCGAUCAGCUGUAUUCUGUAUUUUUUGUUUUGUUUUGACUUGUGAUAUCAAUGACUUCAUCUUGAAAUUUUCUGGCUAUUUAUUUGGUUAGUUCUUGAAAAUUGUAAUCAGCAUUAUCGUUAUAGAACUAGAAGGAACUGCAUUGAAAUUAUCCAAUCUUAGGAUUGAAGGAAGAUCACAAAAUGGGUCGGAUUUUCCUAGAACAUAUGGGUGGAAACCGUUUAUUCUCAUGUGCAAAUUGUGGGACUAAUUUAACAAAUCGAUCAGAGUUAAUGAGUACCAGGUUCACAGGAGCUACUGGUAGAGCAUUUCUAUUUAAUCGGGUUGUAAACUUGACAUACAGUGAGGUCCAAGAUAGGGUUAUGUUGACUGGACGUCAUAUGGUGAGAGAUGUCUGUUGUAAAUCUUGUGAUACAAAAUUAGGAUGGAUGUAUGAAUUUGCUACUGAAGAUAAUCAAAAAUACAAAGAGGGCAGAGUAAUUCUGGAAAGAGCCCUUGUAACUGAAAGUGAUGGGAUGGAAGACAGAAUUUACAAUGAAAGGAGACGGGCCCCAAGGGAGAUGGUACGAAAUUAGUUGUUUUUGUGAGGAAUAAGUUAUAGUUGGAAGAGUGAAAACCAUAUUAAUCAUCAAUAAAAUAAUCUUUCAACUAUAGAGGACUUGAAUUGUUUGAAUAGGUAUACCUAUAUUGCUAUAUUAUAAUCUUGAAUGGUUGUUGAUAUAUUCUUCCAUAGAUAUUAACAUUGCUGAAUUUAUUGAAGACCUAAGGGAAUGAAGAUGUGAAUGAAGUAUACACCUGGUGUCCCAGAUAUUUUCAUACAGCAUAACUGAGAUAUUGACUUGAUGAAAAGAUCUAGGACACCUGCCAGUAUAGGUAUACCUAUCAACAAUGAAGAUGUCUGGGACUAAGAUCAUAUGAAUGGAAGAGUUCUGAGUCAACUGUAUUUGAGACAACACAUAUGAUUUCAUCUAAUGGAGCACCUUUAUCCACUUAGAUCUUCAAUAAUUGUUUUUGGUAUUCAGAGUGAAUUUGAAAAUUUUCACUACUUACCUAUUGGUAUACCAUUUAGCUGGCCAUUUAGCAUAUAUAUUUAGUGGUGAAUAUCAAACUCAACAUUUUGUAGAACUUUUUCACCAAUUAUAGGAUUAAUAAGGUGUAUAUAAUUAUAUUCUGUAAUUUCAUACUUGAUAUUGAUAUUAUCAAUAAAGAUUCAAAUUAUGAUGUUUAUUGUUCCAUAUCCAUAUUCUCCACUCUUGACGGCUUGCCCGAACUCGGCAUUUUAUUUAUUUAAAACUUUGCCAACAAGAGGAGGGAAGAUUGCUUUAUAUUCAACAUGGACUUUGAUUGAUAAGCAUAAUGAUGAUUUUGGUUUUGCUGAAACUGCUAUAUAUGGAAUGGAAGCAUGACAAUUCGAAAUAUUCUGCACACUAAUGAUUCCAAAAUACCUACCUUGUAUUCUCUAACAGAAUAUCUAAUUCAUAACUAAUUAUUCCAAGAUAUACCUUCUCAGUUCUUGAUGUGCUCUA